AUGGCCCUGCUUGUUGACAGCGAGGCGCAAUUCCUACUGAGGCUCGAGCAGUGCAAGGUCCCAGCUUCAUUGGCCGCUGCCUUGAGGUUGGCUGGGAUCACAACCAUCUCUUCGUUAGCUUACAGCUACGGGCAACCAGGCCAACAAAUCGACAGCAACGACUUCAGGACAUGGGCUGAGAGGGAGGCUCGACUUAAUAAGUUGAAGACCAGAUUGAAUGGCAUCCUCAUCGAAGGUAACACUGAGCCGGGGCAUUCAUUUCUGGAUGCUGUUUGCAACAUGCAUGAAACCAAUCAAUUGAAGUAUUUUCCACCAGAGAAAUGUGUCAGCCGCUUGCAUGAGUUGACAAACCAGAAGACGCCGGGGAAGACCAUCGAGGUCGAGUCGAGCAAACUAGUGUUGAAGGACAAGGCAGAGGAGUAUGAGGUCUCGGCGACAACAUCCUUGCAGAUUCUGGAGGCUUUUAAGCGCCGCGGCCUCGCUCUGGACUUUGCGG